AUGGAGGCUGCUUUCUUCUCUCGUUUCCCAGGCUUUCAGCCUAAUCCGUCUAUCUCUGCAACUGACGACUUUUCUCGUCUAGCACAUCAUAUGAAUUGGACUGCUGGUUCUAAGAGAUACAGAAAAGAGCUGGCCAAUUUCGCAAGUAUUGAGUUCGCACAUUAUUAUGAAGUUGGUGAUAAGCUCCAAAGUUACCGAGCUCUUGUUCAGGAGUUGGGGAUCGAGGGAUCAUUCGCUACCAUCAACCAGUGCCGAAAGGCUCUCGCUAAGGUGAAUGUCAAUUUAUUCGACCUGAUCGACUCUCGACGCACAGGAGCGACCGUUCAGAAAUUUCCUAACCAAGCCGCGCUGAAGAAGUACACCAGAGAAACGCAAAAGAUAUUUCCUAAGCAAGCGGCCAAAGCAGACGGCUUCCUCAAAGACCUACUGCGCAGAAUUAUGUGA